CCCCGUUUUCUUUCAGGAUGGGGGCUACGGUGUUCGUGCAGCCCCUGGACCUGGUGAAGAACCGGAUGCAGCUGAGCGGGGCCGGGGCCAAGGGCCGCGAGUACCGCACGUCCCUGCACGCCCUGGGCUCCAUCCUGCGCCACGAGGGGCUCAGGGGCAUCUACACGGGGCUGUCGGCGGGGCUGCUGCGCCAGGCCACCUACACCACCACCCGCCUGGGCAUCUACAGCGUCCUGCUGGAGCGUUUUGGGGGGGCUGACGGGACCCCCCCCCCGUUCCUGGCCAAGGCAGCCAUGGGCAUGACAGCAGGGGCGGCGGGGGCCUUCGUGGGGACCCCGGCGGAGGUGGCCCUCAUCCGCAUGACAGCCGACGGCAGGCUACCCCCCGGCGAGCGUCGCGGGUACCACAACGUGUUCGAUGCCCUCGUGAGGAUGGCCAGGGAGGAGGGGGUGCUCACGCUCUGGAGGGGCUGUAUCCCCACCAUGGCCCGUGCCGUGGUGGUCAACGCCGCCCAGCUCGCCUCCUACUCCCAAUCCAAACAAUUCCUGCUUGACUCCGGGCAUUUCCGUGACGACAUCCUGUGCCACUUCUGCGCCAGCAUGAUCAGCGGGCUGGUGACCACGGCCGCCUCCAUGCCCGUCGACAUCGUCAAGACCCGGAUCCAGAACAUGCGGACGAUAGAUGGGAAACCCGAGUACCGCAACGGGCUGGACGUGCUGCUCAAGGUGGUGCGCUACGAGGGCUUCUUCAGCCUCUGGAAGGGCUUCACCCCCUACUACGCCCGCCUGGGCCCCCACACCGUGCUCACCUUCAUCUUCCUCGAGCAGAUGAACAAGUGGUACCAGCGGCUCUUCCUCAGUGCCUGACACCCCCGGGGGGGGUCGGGGGGAUCUGACCCCAUCCCGUGGGCUCUGCAGGGCCACUUGACCCCCAGUGAAGGGGCUUUGGGGGUGACUGACUGCUCCCUCAGGUGCUGUGGGGGUGCCUGACCCCCCCACACCACCAGGGGUUGGGGGGAGGUGGCUCUGUAGGAGUGCCUGACCACCCCCAUCAUGAAUGGGUCCUGGGGCCCUAUGGAGGGGUCUUGGGCCCUGUAGGGGUGCACGACCCAUUCCUCGGGGCUCUAGGGAUCCCUGGGGUCCUGUGAAGGGCCCUGGAGCUGACACAGGGGUGCUGGAUCCCUCCCACAGGGACACCAGGGGAUGCCUUGUCCCUGUGGGGCAGCCCUGGAGAGACUGUAGGGUGCCCUCCCCCUGUGCUCCCUUCCCACCCCUCUGGGGGUUUUGUUACCAGCCAAUAUCAAGGUCACAGUGUGGGGCAGGAGCCCCCCGAAAUUCCCCCCCCUGCCCCCUUCCCCCAGCACCCUCCACCCCGCGCUUCGUUAACGAAUCAUGGAUCGUGAUCAUGUAAUUAAAGCAAGACCCACAGA